UAUUGAUUAAGUUUGUCAACGAAGAAGUGUUAUAAAAGUAAACAACUUUUGUGAUUUAAAACAAAGUUUACUCGUUACCAUUCCUCUUUCAUAUAUAAGCUUCCUGCGAAAAACUUUUUCUUUCUUUUAGUGAAUGUAGAGAGUAAUACUCAAGAACUCAAAAACAACAAAAUGGCAGAAGACAUUGUUUCUAAUGAAUCAUUCAUUUUUAAAAUGAGCUCUAGUAUUGGAACAUAUUGGGUAACACUUGGACGUGCUCUAGGAAUCAAAGACAGUGUUUUAGAAAUGCUUGAUAAGGAAAAUCCCAAAGUUAUAGAUAAAGCAUAUGCUAUGUUAAAACAUUGGACUGCAAAGAACACAAAUGCAACUAUUGACGAGUUGAAAAUUGUUUUAAUGGAAUUAGAAAGAAAUGAUUUAAAAAAAGAAGUAGAAAAAAUUUCAAGUACUUUAAUUUCAAAAAUGACUAUUGCUGACAAGAAAGUAAAUAGCCAAAAUCUAUCAUUAGGCAAUGAACAGGAUUUAAAUGUUGAGGAGAAGAAAUCUAUUCAAGAAACCCUAACCUCAAGUAAACAAUCUUUGUCAUCAGAACAUGAAUCAACAGUAACAGAUGAAAAACCUAAUCAAGCUCAAUGCUAUCCUAUGACACGUAAAAAACUUGGCAAACUUUUCAUUUUUAACAAUAUGCACAAUGAUGAAAAGACUACUCAUAGACUUGCAGCAAAAUAUGAUGUCAAAAAAAUUAAAGCAACCUUCAGCAAAAUAGAAUUUGAAGUCGUAGUUUAUAAACCGAAUAGCUUUGAAGAGAUGAAAAAAAAUUUAGAAGAAGUUUUAAAGGAACCAUAUGGCGAGUACAAUAUUUUUUCAAUAUUUUUCAUUGCUCAUGGACAGGAUGGUAAACUAUUUGGACCAAAUGAAACUAAUAACAAAAAAUCAUUUUCAAUACUUGAAUUGAAAAAAAUGCUUGAGGAUAACUCUUGGCUGAAAAAUAUUCCCAAACUGGUCUUUUGCGAAAGCUGUCGCGGCUUCGAUAAAGAUUUUCAACAAAUGACCCUAACUAAUUUUGAAGCUAAAUCUAAUGAAAAGAAUGUAAAUACGGCAAAAUUUGCUGACUUAUUUAUUGGUUUUUCUACUGCUGAGUCUUUUGUAUCAAUAUCUAUGCCUUCAGAUAAUGAUGUUCAAAUGAAAAACUUUUACAGCCCGUGGGUCAUUGAACUUUGCAAACAAAUUCAGGAAAAAUACAUGACAACUGACUUUCUACAGAUUUACCAGGACCUCCAGCGAUACAUGAGUAGCACACCUUUAUUGUCUAAUGGCGAAGAAGUUUAUUUCCAGAUGCCAGAACUUCAAUCUACUUUAAGAUAUAAACUUUAUCUUAAUAUGGAGAGAAAAACUUAAAAAAAAUAAUGUUAAAUAAAAAUAAAUCUAACAAUUACUUAAA